CGAAUACUUUGCUGCAGCCGGAGCGAGCCUGGCUAGCGGUCGGCUUGAGGCGGUGGUCGGAGGGACGGCUCCUGUGGCCGCUCGGCUCCUUCCGGGUAUUUCCGGCUCGCCCUCGGCAAGGCGUUCGCUUUUCUCCGGCUUUUUUCGGCUUCCCCGCCUUCCCAUGUCGGACGUGCCGGCCGCGGCUGUUGCCUCCCAGUUCGGCCCCCCAACAGGAGAGGGGUCGCCGAGCGGCGACAGUUGCCUCAGCGGCGCGGACGGAGAAGAGGACGGCCGCCCCUCGCCGCCUUCGCCCCCUGCAGAGAAUGAAGAUUCAACUCACAGGUCAGAACCUGCAUCCAAAACACCUGCCAUUUCAGAGAAUGAUACUUUACAAUGCAGGUUGCAAAAUGGAUCAUCUGUGAAUGGGGGUGGUACGAAGGAUUUGGCAAGUGGUGAUGCUGAUCUGAAAGAGGAAGAUGUAGCAAGAAAGGAAGCCAACCAAAUCGAGCAGCAAGAGGAGGCUGUAGUUCCCAUGACAAAGUAUCCUACCCCACAAGGACCAGGCGAUAUAGUCAUGAUACAGUCUGAAUACACAGGUGCAGUAGAUGUCCUUUCAGCAGAGCUGGAGACUUCAGACCUGCUGGGUGAGCAGAAGAAAGCUCUGCCCCCACCCCUAAUUCCUCCCACUACCUGGACAAGUGCCAAGAUAAGGGACUUCAAAACAAAGAUGUCAAAGGAGAAGAAUGCCCGCAUGGUAGUGAAACGGGGCGAAGUCGUAACAGUCCGGGUGCCAACCCAUCCCGAUGGGAAGCGUGUGUGCUGGGAGUUUGCCACAGAAGAUUAUGACAUUGGCUUUGGAGUCUAUUUUGACUGGACUCCUGUCACUAGUACUGCCAUUACUGUACAAGUUAGUGAAUCAAGCGAUGAAGAUGAUGAAGAAGAAGAAGAGUUUGAAGGGCCUAUUCCUGUUGGUGAUGUGGAAAGGGGCUCCAAAAGCUAUUUGCGGAAUCGCUAUGGGGAGAUCAUGCCCGUCUACCGGCGAGACAGUCACCAGGAAGUGCAAGUAGGCAGACAUGAUUAUCCAGGGGAAGGCAUCUACUUGCUCAAAUUUGACAAUUCUUACUCCCUCCUGCGCAACAAGACUCUCUUCUUCCACGUUUAUUAUACCAGUUAAAGAACUGAGUGGUUCUGGAAGUGAGUGUGACUGAAGGUGCCUCAAAAGAAGGAAAGCCAACCAAGACUGAUGUCUCUUAACUGGCACCACCUGCUGGCUGAAUUCGACACCCGCCUCUAUGCUAAUGUGCAGAUGAGCUCAUUCUGCUCUGCCUCACUCCUUUAGCAGUUCAGCUGAUCUCUGGCAGCUCUGGUCUGUUUUAGGCAGACGACAAGCUGGGAUUUUUUAGUAGAGCAAGCAGGUUAUUGGAUGCCAGGUUCAGGGGUCUGCUUUUUCCUUCUAUUGCACUUAUAUGGACUGAAACUGAAGUAUGCCUUUUUGAGGGGUGUGGGAGGGAAGGGAAACACUGUCAUCUUCUGUUGUUCUAACUGCUAAUAGAUCUCUGGAAACAAUGGCUUACGUAGUCUGUGGAACUCUGUCUGGUGAUGUUGCUCUGCUGCUGUACACUGCUUCGCUUUGUCUAUGGGAAUCUUCUAAGAUGCAGGCCGUCUCAGUCUCUGGCAGCCUGUCUUCUCUCCCCUUAUUGACAGUGUUGUUUCUCCAACAACUGCAGCAUGUUCGUUGCACGCUACAGCUGGUGUGCAGUGGCUGCGAUACAUUUGAACUCCACAUGUUGCGUGAAGAGAGUCUAAAUAGCAUGUUUGUAUUCUUAAAUAAUGUAGGAAAGCCACCAUGAAAGUUGGAAUGAUAAACCAGAUCAUUCUGAUUAUGGAAAUGAGUAGGAAAAUUCUCAGUAGCAAAGCCCCCCCACCUCUGUGCUUUUGAAAUUAAUAUAUUUAAUUAAUUAAGUAUAUUAAUUAAUAUACUUUUAAUUAAUUAAUAUACUUUUAAUUAAUUAAUAUACUUAAUUAAUUAAUAUACUUAUUCUUUUAGUUGGCUUGUCCUAUGGAUACAGGCUAAGGGUGUCAAACUCAGUUGGAGUGCCAAAUUCCUCAUCAAGUUGACAUUCAGAGGCCACAUCUAUAACCAAAAAUCCCUCUUAUUCUAUAAUUUGACCCCAAAUCGCAGUAGUUUCACCUUGAUUAAUUAUAGUUUUAGUGCAACUCAAGGGAGAUUAAUUUCACAAAAAUCAAUCAGUUAUACUCAAGGUGGGAAAAAGCUGUUUCUUAUAUUUAUAGCUUGAAUAUUAUAAAAGUUCUUAUGCUUUAUCCCCUUUAGCCAUGCAGUGCCCUGGGAUUCCUGGAGCAAGCAUUUUCAAUCGCAAGAUAGUUAUGUAGAGGAAUAUGAGGACCCCCACACUGACUCCAGUGAAGGAAUGUACAAGACAGAACCAGUGAUAGAGCAUGAUGACGAUGCAUGUGCAGUGUUAUAGCCCCUCAUUUUAUUUUAGGCAUUGUUUUGCCUAAUUUGUGUGGAAUGUAAGUUCUUUGGUGCCCCUUGAAGGGUCUGAUAAGAUCUUCUAGUUUAAGAUCUCGGGUCUUUAAUCAUUUUCUUUCCACCCCUGUGCAGUUGUUCAGACACUAGUUGCCAAUGCCUAACACAGCAAAUACAACAUAGCUACCUGUUGCAUUUCAGAAGAUGGCAGUGGAAUUGCCUGUCGUUCAUAGCUCAGGUCUUAUGGGGGGAGGGGUAUUCAGAUAGUGAUAUUUUUUUCUUAACUGUAAAGUCUUGUUGUAGUAGGCAUUUGUUCGCCUUCAGACAGCCUCCUCCCAUCUGACUAGGGUGGCAGUUGGACUGCUUCUUAAUUGCCAUCUGAGAGGCAGAGUUACCUUCAGAAGACAGUGGGUGUGGACAGCUGGUAGUGGACAUCUCCCCCAUGUUACUAGCAUGCAGAAGAACAAGUGGAUCGACCUGACAUUGGCAGGUGAAAUGCCCUUCUGCCCACUCAAGAAACAAGAACAUAAUUUUAUUUGCUGAUUAGAAGACUUGGUAGCCUUCUUCCCCAAGAGAUGGGCUAAGUAUAACAACAGGGUGUUCCCCUUCCCUGGAAAAGUCUCCAGUGGAAAGGAAGUGAUUUGAGAUGGCUCCAGCCAACUUGGACAUGGGCCAGCUGCUUUUUCUCUUCUCUCCUGUGUGGUGCUGAGGACAAGGAAUGAGACAGCUCCUACUAGCUUGACAAGGAUCGUUUUAGAAUCUUGCCCUGAGUCAGUGGAGGGUUCUCUACCAUACCUAGGAUGAGCUGAGAGAGAAGAAGAAACAGAGAGGCAAACAUCUAAAGAGUAAGGAGGAAGGCAAGAAAUUGAAUUAAAGGCUAAGCUUCAUGGGACCUCAACUGGAAACCUGUUUUUCCAGUCACUAGGCUGUCUAGGUAUAGGAGGGCGCAAACUUUUCUCCUUUGUAGUCAAAUGGGGGACCUUCUAAAAGCUAACAAAGAGUUUGCCUACUGGGCCGAAUAUGUUUCUUUAGCAGAGGAUUGGUAAAUGUAUUUAUGAAGAUUUCUGUUUCAAAUGUGAUAAUGCUUUUUUUGAAAAGCAUUUGCUUUUUUGUAUUGUUUGUGCUUGUAUCGCAGCAUGAUUGUAGCUAAUGCUCAUAGUACCCUUCCCAGGGGCUGCUUUUGCUGUGAAUACACCUGUCUUUUGCUGGUGCAGAUUUAGCAAGGGAAGGUGUAAAGCCAAAGAAUUUAGCUUCAAAGAUGCCUGGUAAUACUCUUGUGACCUGGUGUGCUGUGCUGGAUGUGGGGAAUUAUGUAUAUAGCAAAGCAGAUAUCUUUGCAAGAGACAGUUGGUCCCAGUUAACUCUUAUUUUUAAGGGAAAAAGAAGGCUCAGGGAGCAAAAACCGAAGUCUUUCAAAUGUUGGAAGAGAGAACUGGUUCUUGCUAUUCUGGCUGACAGUGAGGAUGGAGCCAACUUCAACAGGGCCACUGCAGGAAGUGGAGCCACACGCAGAGGAAACCCAAGUGCAGGAGAUAAGAGAAGUAAUUUUUAAAAAAUACACUGGGAAAGAGGAUUGUGAGAGAGAAUAAAACCAACACUGCUUUGACAGCAUCACCAAAGCAUUGUAAAUCUGCACAGCCAAACAGAAGCCCUGAUGCAGUUGAGAAAACAUUACCUUAGCCACGUUCAUAGGGUACUGUGAAGGAUUAGCAGGAUUGAAAUGGAAUGAAGAAUGUAUAGCAAUUCAUGUACAGAGCCUUGUUAUAUCUGACCCCCCCCCCCCUUCGUAGCCUAAUUGGUAACUAAGGAUAUUCUGUUUGUCCUUGAUUAUUUGCUUAUUUCCUUUCCUCUAGCGGAAAACCAGUUCUGAUAGUACUGCAGUAAGUGGGAAAAGCAUAUUCCAUAUAUAUAUGUGCUUUACAUGGCCAUUUUAAGCAGAGUUAUCCAUGUCAUUUGAACAGGUUUUUGUAAUUGCAUUUCUCUACUGUGUGCUAGAAAAGCAAGCUAGAGAGGUAAAUGGGGGCUAAUCUAAGAAGAGAAGUAUUGGACAUUUGGGAGAAUCAAAGCUGCUUUGCACUUUCCAGAAAAGGUGCAUUAAUCUUUUUAAUAAUCAAAUGAUUACUACCAUCAGUUCCUAUUCCUACACAGGCUCUAACUAUAUAUUUUUUUAGAUUUCAGGAAAUGUUUGAUUAAAACACAUGUGGUUUUCUGUUUUACUACUGAACAAAAAAAUGAAAUAGACUAAAACUUUCCAAAUGUCAGAAAUUAAAUGUCAUUUGGUCAAAACUGUCACCACAGCUAAGCCACAUUGAUUACUUUUAAAGACCCACUGAGAAAAGAUUCGCCAAAGUGGAAUAUCAAGCAUAAAUAUAGGUAAUCAAACUGCACAUAAACUCAGUGUGCUUAUACUUGCAGCUGAAGAUGCUACACCAUUUCAUUAAUGCAGUAUCAACAUUUCAUUAAUGCAGUAUAAACUAGUGUACAGCUUCCUGAUACUACUGAUUGUAUCAGUUUUAUAAGAUCAUAAGAAGGAAACACAGCAAUGUGUUAGAUGAGGAAGUAACUUUUGAAGGACUGAGUGCUGAGUUGCAUCAUAAGUUGAAGUAAGGAAGUCCUAUAUGGUCACAAAGCUUCAGGAAUGAAGUUUGACCAAGUAGAUUCCUUGGUACCUCCAUGAUGAUUAAAGGCAUUCCUACACCCUGACAUUUUUUUCAACCUGUUCCAGGUUUGAUCAGAAUACACAAUGAUGCUAUUAUUUGAAAAGGACUUCAGAAGACUGGAUUCAUCCUUCAUUUUAAUGUACAUAAAUUCUGGAUCACUUGGCAAAGAGUAAGGAUGUACAAUUUAUGUAGAUCCUUGCUGUUUGCUAUGCUGCCCCCCCCCCCUCCUGGGGCUACACAGCCAGGAGAGUGCUAUUACAAAAAAAAUAUUGCCUUGCAAAGCAGCAGCGAUGAGGCUGUUUGCCUUGACUCCCCUCCCUGACCCAGCUAUACAGCAAAGAAAAUACUGCUUCUUUUCCUUUAAAACUCACCAGUCACCAAGAUGGCAGGACAAAACCUUUUUCCUGCCAGCUAGCCCAGGAACCCCUGCACCACCUUCCUACCACCCCAAAGUUCUCUGCCACCCCCUCCACCCCAAAUUCCUUACUGCCCCCAUUGAUGUUUCCACCGCCCCCGGCGGGGGGGUGCUGCCCACUUUGGGAAUCCCUACUCUAGGGAGAUCCACCAGUAUCAAUUGCUCUAUAUUCUUUUAAAUGGUAGUCAGGUUAAAUUCCAUUUUAUGAGCACUUUAUGUUCUCCUGAAAGCACCUGAUGGAUCAUGGCUUCCUCUGGAGGUCAGCUGCAGGCUCUAGUGCUACAGACAGGUGAGGCAGACCAAGGCAGAAGGUGAUAGUUCCCUAAAGUGUUUAUUUUGGCUAAAUAGCAUGAGGUGAGGAAGGCCCACAGAGGAGGAUCUACUGAGAUACCAUUUAUCCCCUGACACUUUUCUAUAUGUUUUGUUUCACAAUGUCAUCUUACAGUGCUUCACCCCAGCACCAGGAUCAAAAUCCAUGCAUUAUUGGAUCGUUUGUCGUGCCUCAUCUGUUGAUCUUUGAGGAAAUCAGUGGGUCAGUCUUUCUGUCUAACCUUCAAGCAUGUUGUGUGCUUGGGUAGCCCUUCCUUGCUUUCUCUGUGGUUUGCUGUGCUCCCCACCCCCCUACCCCCCGCCGGAAAAUAAAAGUAACUUCUGUCAAGCAAACUCUGUGUGCAUUUUUAAAAAAUACACAAUGAGGCUCUAAAUAUCUUGUCUGGAGCAGACUCAGCAUGAUGAAAUUACAGUUUUCUUCUCUUGAAGAAAGAUGAUCUGUAAAGCAGAUAACAAAGUGCAUAGUGCUGAAGAUGUCUGUAAACCACGUCCUUAUUCCUUAUGGAUAAGGGGGGUUGUUUUCUUAAUGACAAUAUUCAUAGAAACUACAACUAAAAUCCAGAAUCUUGGCUUGAUCUCAGUGAAUUAAUCAACAUUUUAAAGAUGCAAUCCUAAAUAUUUCCAGUCAAUUUGGAGAUGCCUCCUCAGGAAACAUGGGAAAGAGUGGGCUGUAGAAGAGAGCCAAAUUGCUACAGAUUUAGGGCAGCAGACCAACAUCUUGUAUCCGAUCACAUGUUUGGAUCAAUUUGUGUUCAAAAUACAGGAAGGGAGGUUUGGGUUUGCACUGAACUUUUUCCUUAAUAGGUGUUAAAAGAAAAUAAUAAAUUAUGCUGAGUGGCCUUUGGAACCAAAGUUAGGCUUUUAAGCAGGAGCUCCAUUAUAGUUUUGGGGGUUUGCUAUGAACACUUGAGUCUGAAAAGAAUUUCUGUGCAAAUACAAGCUCAUUUCCCACAUUUUAAACACUUGUUAGUGUCACGGGCCAGUUGUUGGGGUUUAACAUUGGAAUGGCAAUUGAGGCCAAACCAAGGCCUAGCUAGGGAAGCUAAGAUGUGCAAUCCUUAGCACACUUGUUCAGAGGUAAGUUUCACAAUAGGGUCUGAGUAUGGAUGCGCAGAAUUGGGCUGUAAGAGAUCUUUGUAGUAGUACUAAGGCUUGGGCACCAUGACUAAGAAGAAAAGUACUAAAUGUCACCUUCACACUUGAGCUACAACAUGAGGAAUCUGAGUGGGAAUGCUCAAGGGAUGUUUGUCUGUUGUGGCAUCUCCUCAAAAAUCAGAAUUGAUGUGCACAGAUCUACUGCUUAUGUCCUCUCACUGAAUUUUUUUUCUUAAAAACUGAGGAUAUCUGUCUAAGCCGUAGCACUGAAUCACAUUUCUGCUAUUAACUUGUGUGAAGUCUAAAUGUAUCCUUUUUCAGAAACUGGUCUGUUACUUUGAAGUUGCUGUUUUUGUGACUGUUAAAAACUAUUUCAAUAAAUAUUUUCACCACA